AUGGCGACCGAUUCCAGCACCCAGACCGAGACGCUGCUGUCCGAGAUGGACGAAGACGAUGACUUUGUCAUCAUCACCCACCAAGAUGUCAACGCGGCGCGGCGCCCCCGAUUCCUGAACGACAUCAGCGAUUACAUCGACAGCAUCGCCGAGGAGUUAUGGCCCAUCAACAAGAAGAUCCACGACAAACCUGAGCUUGGCUAUGGAGAGGUCAUCGCCCAUUAUACCUUGACGGCCUACAUGAAGACGCAGCCAGGAUGGACAGUGACGCGGUCGGCCUACGGCAUGAAGACGGCCUGGGUUGCGGUCUACGACACGGGCAAACGGGGGCCUUGUGUUUCCUUUAACGUUGAGAUGGACGCCCUCCCCGCCAUCGGCCACGCCUGCGGCCACAAUCUAAUCGCUACCGCCUCCCUCGCCGGCGCCCUUGCCACAGUCCACCUCCUCUCCCUCUACUCUCUCCCGGGCCGCGUCGUCCUCUUCGGCACUCCGGCAGAAGAAGGCGGCGGCGGUAAGAUCCGGCUCCUAGCCGCAGGCGCCUACAAAGACUACGGCGUCGAUAUCAGUCUCAUCUCUCACCCCGGCACCAUCCCCGACUGCGCCCUCACGCACACGACUGCCUACAUUCGGAUGAAGGUCGAAUACUUUGGUCGGGAAGCACACGCCGCAGCAGAGCCGUGGCUGGGAGUCAAUGCGCUGGACGCAUUGAUCACGGCGUAUAAUGGGAUUAGCGUGUUGAGGCAGCAGACUAUGCCGUCUGAUAUCAUCCAGGGACACAUCACUGAUGGCGGGGCGGGGCCGAAUAUCAUCCAUGCGUAUGCGGCAGGCAUUUUUGUGGUGAGGGCCGCGACGCAGAGACGAUUGGAGGCGUUGGUUGAGAAAGUGAUAGGGUGCUUUGAUGCGGGUGCGAUGGCGACGGGUGCAAAGGUCAAGGUGACCAGACUGAUGGCCUACAAGGAUCAUGUGCCGAACCGGUUGUUGGCGAGGAGCUAUGCGCGGUACUUUAAUCCGCUGGUGCCCGAGGAAGGGGAUGGAGGAAGGGAUGGGGAUGGGAAUGAGGCGGGCGGACCGAGCAAGAUUCCAGAAGACCAGGAUGUCGAUGAGAUGAGAGGGCGGAGUGGUGCCAGUUCGGACCAGGGCGAUAUUGCUCAUGCGAUGCCGAGCAUUAUGCCCGGGUUCGAGAUACCGCCGGGGCCGGGAGGGGCAGGACCCCAUAAUCCCGGGUUUGCGGAAAGUGCGGGAACGAGGUUGGCGUUUGAGAGGAGUUUGAGGGUUGCAAAGGCGUUGGCGGGCACGGCGAUCGAUGUGUUGACUAUUGAUGGGCUGUUGGAGGAGGUCAAGAAGGAAUGGAGGCGAUCCAUGACCGGGAGCAGGAGAGAAACAGCAGGCAGGACGGAACGGUUGACGACGUUAUGACAUUACGACAGCGGUACAGAUUGGAUGUAGGUUUGGAUAUAAGGUAACAAGGUAACUAGGGCUGGUCCCCAUCUCUCAUCAAUCAACAUGUCCUAUCU